AUGUCUGAAGGUUUGGAUUUAGAUCUACCCACAGCUUCAAAAGAUCCAUUAUUUUUUGAUCCUAAUAUGUAUCCAAUCUGCGAACAAUUUAUGAUUGAGCAAUGGAUCUAUAUUAAAUGGUGGUGUACCUGA